AUGGGCGUCGCAUUCGAUUACUGCCCGGAGCGGCCGGAGAACAUCGACACCAUCCUCAACGGCCUCGACCGAUACAAUCCUGAAACCACGACCGUCUUCGAGGAAUACAUCGCCGGCCAGUGCAAGAGCCAGACCUACGACAGCUAUGCGAAUCUGGCGCUUCUGAAAUUAUAUCAAUUCAACCCACACCUCGCCCGCGACGAAACCAUUCACAACGUCCUCGUCAAGGCGCUCACCGUCUUCCCCUCACCAGACUUCUCGCUCUGCCUCUCCCUCCUCCCGCCAUACGUCCUCGCGUCCUCAAAAGCAGACAAGGGCCCACCCGGAAGUGGCACCCUCGCCGAAGCCGUGCAACACCUCUCUACCCUCCACACUCAACUCAACAAUGCGCAGUACAGCGACUUCUGGAACACCUUCGACCACGACGACCUCUGCGCGGACCUGACCGCCGAUGUCGCGGGCUUCGAGGAUACCAUGCGGAUACGGAUCGCCGUGGUGGUGUCGCAGUGCAUGCAAGAGGUUGGACGGGAUGUGCUUGAGGGGUGGUUGAACUUCCGAGGAGAGAAGUUUGAUCACUUCGUCAAGGAUGUGUGCGGGUGGACCAUUGAUGGGCAGAAGGUCAAAGUGCCGCUGAACAAGGAGAAUGAGGCACGGAGUGUGGUCCAGCGAGAGACAGUCAAGUUUGAUCAGUUCUCGAGGAUGGUCAAGAGGGCGUAUGAACAGCCUGCGUAG